AUGAUCCAAAAUGAACUGAUUAACAUUAUCAGUGCAAAGAUUACUGAGAGAAUCGUGGACGAUAUUAAAGCAUCGAAAUACUUCUCUAUUAUUUUAGACUGCACCCCUGAUUUGAGUCACAAAGAGCAACUUUCUGUCAUAAUCAGGAUAGUGGCACUUGAAGACAAGCCAACAAUAAAGGAGCAUUUCUUGGGGUUCCUUGAGGUAGAGAAUUCUACAGGGCUAAAUUUGUCAUGCCUUCUACUCGGAAGACUGAAACAACUGAACAUUUCUUUUGAGGAUUGUCGAGGUCAAUCUUACGACAAUGGAGCAUAUAUGAGAGGAAACAUCAAAGGAGUUCAAGCCAGGCUUCUUCAACAGAAUUCUCGGGCAUUAUUUGUCCCGUGUGGUGCCCAUAAUUUGAAUUUGAUAUUAGCUGACGCUGCCAAUAGCUCCCUAGAUGCAACUUACGUCAGAUGGGAAAGUCGAAUAAAAAGUGCGGAGGCAAUUAGAUAUCAACCCGCGCAAAUCAGUGAAGUGCUUUUGGAGCUCAGAGAAUCUGCAACUGACCCUGUCAUCAAAGUUGAGGCUCAAUCGUUGGCAGAGGAAGUAGGGUCAUACCGUUUUGUCAUUUGCUCAGUUGUGUGGUAUGAUAUACAAGUACUCAGCAAAAUUCAGCACGUGAGCAAAGUAAUGCAGUCGACUACGAUGCAGCUCGGCGUGGCUGUAGAUCUGCUUAAGAAGACCAGAGAUAAUAUUGUCAGCUACAGAAAUACAGGUUUUGCUGAUGCACUAACUAUUGCUAAAGAAAUUUGUGAGGCGAUGAACGUAGACACCGUGCUGAAACAGAAGAGACUAAGAACUAAAAAAAUGCCACUUUAG